AUGGCUUCUCUAUCAUCAAUACAUCAACACAGUUGUCUCCGACGAACAGAGACAACACUUCCAUGCCUAAGCAAGCCGUCAAGCCACACCCUCAGAAAUUUCACACCUCCAACAACGAAAAGCCUUGGCCAAAACGUCACACCAGAUGAAGAACCGGAGGAGAGAGCAAGACCCAACCACCACGUGCCUUCACUGCCUCAACGACGAACAUAUCUAGAAAAGGAAAAAUCGAGAUCUGCCAAAGCCAAAUCUUAA